AUGGACGAUGGAUGGGUCAAUGUCCCUGCCAUUCACGAGCCGAUAGUGCAGAUCAGGGCAAAGAGGGUGACAGUCGAGUUGCAGCGGCCGAAUAUAUCUGGUUCCCAAGUUGCUUCCCCCUUUUCCCUUUCGAUCGGCUUCCACAAGAUUCGAUGGCUUUGCCUGACGCCUCUUGACAUCCCCUCAAGUCGCCGUCUCCCUCAAGAGGUCUCUCCACCGAUGUUAGUUGAAAGAGGCAUACCCUUUGAACGUCAAAUUGGGAGUUUGAUUCCCCGACGUCUCGUUCCCCUCAAACGUUGGGUUUCUAUAUCCGUCAAAAGCAGGUCAGGAUGGACUACCACAGGGUCAGAUUACGUCGACCGAAUCCAAGCUAAGGAUUCACGACUUAUCUGGCAGAAAUGCGGCACUUCCUCCCCUCAAAUCAAACCCACGACAACCUACACCUCCUCUGCGACGCUCAUGCACACCACCCACUCUGCUUUUCUCACUUCCCUUUGGAUUUUGAAACCUACUGGGUAUUCCGACUUGUAUUCUGGAUACGGAAAGGCAAGGCUUGCUUUGCACCUCCCCCGCUGUUGUCGAUGGUUGGGAUAG